AUGGCGCCAUGCCGAGCAGCCGUGGUGAAGACGAGAGCGACGUGCGCGCUGCUGCUACUGCUGCUCCUGUUGGCCGAUGUGCGGCCGCGGUCCGUGGCUGGGCAGGCGCCACCCGAGCCCGAGGCGGUCGCGACGAUCGAGGCGGAUGCCGACGGCCGCGGCAAUGGCACCCGCGGCGCCGGCGGCGGCGGGAACGCCGCGAGGAAGGUGCUGAGCACCAUCGACUGCCAGAUCUGCGAGGCGACGUGCCGGGUCAAGUGCCUCAUCAACAACCUCUUCCAGUGGGGCACUUGCUACCAGCGCUGCAAGGCCGACAACUGCAACGACUGGUGUAGGUAG